ACAUUUGGUUAUGAAGCUUUCGAAGAGAAAGAUGCCUCUCCUUACAGUAUUAAGUGAAUGAUGGAUUCAAUUUGAUCUUUCUCGUGGGAGAAAGAACCGAUGAAGAGUUGAAGAAAAAUUACAACUCGCAGAAUAGACAUGGUUACUUGAAGUGUGCAUGAUUAAAGAGUGAUUUUAAAGUGUGACUUAUCAAAAGUUACAGUGUAAACCAAAAUUGAUCCUCAGAGCUAAUCAUCGGAUUUUGAAGACAUGCGAAAAUGCAUGCAAGUAUAAGUGAUAGUUAUAAGCAUUAUAAAUUCAGUGUCCAGUGUUCAUGUGUUCGAUUUUACGGCACCUGAUCAAUUUUGACCUGAUCUAAUAAAUUUGUUCGUCGAAACCACCAUAGUGUGUUUCUUCGAUUGCAUCUUGAAAUGUAAUCAUACAUGAAAUGGAAAUGGAAUGCAUAAAGAUCAUAUUACAUACAUUUAAAUCUUCAGAACCAACGGCCGCGCUGAUUUAACAAUUUUUCAGAAGAAGCAGUGGAUAAAAGGUAUAUUUUUUUACCUAGUUUUUAACCGCACUUUUGCUCACUGUAAAGGCUCUCAAAAGUGUAAUACCUCCUUCAAUCGUCAAAAUGCACUGGUAUCAAAAAAGUGGUCAAAAGUUAUGGAUUCAAUGUGGAUUUUGGAUUUGGACCAUAACACGGGAAAUUGUUUCUGCAAAUUUUACAACAGAUCUGACAACGCAAGUGACUGGGACAACCCCUAAGCCUCAUCGAGAAAUGUUAUUUGAACUCGAGGCCCAUAAAAUCAUCCCUGAUUGCAUAGAUGAGGCACCGCCAUAUCCUGCGCAGAUAAAAUUUCUCGAGAAAGUGGAAGUAGACUUUGGGAAUAUAUUGCUCGUGAAAGAGAUCGAAUCUGCCCCAUAUCUGAUAAGGUAUCCAAUGAAAAAUUCAACUUUCUACACCGUGAUGAUGGUCGGUCUAGAUGAGCCAAGUAAGGAAGCGCCUACUGACAGGGAGUGGCUCUACUACUUGGUGUGUAACAUACCAGGACUGACCAUUUUCCAAGGAGAUGCAAUAGCCAAGUGGGUUCAACCAAUGCCUAAAAUGAGCACAGGAAUGCAUCGCUAUGUUUUCCUCAUAUACAGACAAAAAUCAAGAACAGCUAUAGUUGAAAAUCAAAUGAAAACCGGGCGUUUAGAUAGGGACAGGGCAGGAUUUUCUCAUCAGCGAUUUGCAGAGAAAUAUAACUUCGGCAAACCGAUUGCCGUCAACUUUUUCGUCUUAACGAGUCCGUUCAAUUUGACGGUCACGCCUUUUCCCGAUGAAAAAGUUCCAGAACCCACGGACAACUACCUGGAGCAAGCGAGAAAAUUAAAUGAAGAAAAGGAGAAACGCGAGGAAAUGAAGAAACAGAAGGAAGGAAAGCAACAGAACUCUACUCUAUCGACCCCGGAAAAAAAACCACAAGAGGAGGGGAGGUGAUGAGUGCCUGCUGGGGGGAAAGGAGUUUUGUUUUUUUAAAAAAAAUUAGCAAUUGAACAAUCCGCAUGCAAAUAGCAAUAGCAAUAUAGCAAAGAGCAAAAGUUGUUGGAGAAAAUUCGUGAAAAACACGCACAUUUUUAUUAAACUGUAAUUUGUAGUCCCUAAUUGUAUUUCUUGCACUCACCGUGCAACAGAUCUCAGCGUCAAGUCUUCCAUAUUUCAGAAGGCUUUCCUUCUGAAAUGCAUCUACAGGGUGAUCCAAAAGUCUCGCACCAUUCUCACCCGACAUCGCCCCUGUGACUUUUGAACAAAUUGAGAUGGGGACUCGGAAUUUUUGUUUGUACCUCCAAGUUAAAGAAAAUUACUUUUGGGGCUCUCCAAAAUUUUAAGGGGACCACCAAAAAAGUGUAAGAACCCUAGGAGUUAUAGAGGAGGUGCGGAAUUUUUUGAUCACUCUCUAUAUAGGUAAGUAAGGAAGGUUAGUGAGAGGUGAGUAAGGAAGUUUUAUAUUUUCAAUAACCCCUACAGCGAUAGUAAUAUGAUUUUUUAUAUGUAUAGGAAAUUCUCCAAUACCACCUUCAAUUAAUAUUAUGGGCGAAUUUUUUUCAUUUAAGUCAAUUGUUAACUGAUCUCUAAACAAUAUAACAAUUCUUUUAAUAAUAGUAAUUAUAUUUUUAAGAUCAUUGUAUAGAAUUUUCAUAUUUUACAUUGCAACUCACUGAAUUAAGGGCACUUUGAACGAUGUGUACUUGGUGCACAUUUAAUUCACUUGAACGGAGUAUGUCUUUUGAACUCGCGGUAUGAAUCUGGGGUAUCAAUCGAUGAUCAGAUGAAAGUAUCCACUGUAAACAAGAAAAAUUCUAGUAUAAGACUUAGUAUAUCGUGAGCAAGAAUGUAAAAGAAACGAACAAAAGACGACAUAGUUUUAAGAAUUUCCCAGAGUAUCUUAGUUGUAAUUUUAAAAAUUGAUGGAAUGUCUCUUGUGUCAGUUUCACCCCUUUUUCAAACAAUCUGUAUACUAAAAUUGAUUAUUUUACGAAA